AUGGUCCGAACCUAUCCGAUCUUGUCUGAUCGCAAGCAGAGAGGCCGUGAGGAGCUAGCCUCGCCCCCGACUGCCGGCCUCUUUGCCAAGAUCUCCUCCAAGCCCACCAACCACUCCAAGUUCACGGGGAAGUGCGGCCGCUCCAAGUGCAACGAUUGCCAUGUGCAUCCGGCAUCCAAGUCCGAGGACAAGGUCAAGGGAGCUCACAAAAUGCGUUCUUCCUCAGAUGUCGUGUCUAACUACAGACUUAUCACAUGGCGGGUGGUGGAUUCUGCAUCCGGUUUCAAGGUGUCGGGGUUUUCUGCAACGGGCAUUUUGGACUAUUUGGAUCGCGUGGAUGAUUAUGAUUAUGAGUAUGAAGGUGAGGGUGUUGAUCAUGAGCAUGCUCAUUUUGAUGUUGGUUUUAAUGGAAGUUAUGAUCAUGGCAUGGGAACUUAUGAUUAUGGGAUGGGAUCUCAUGGUGUGGAGAUUGAAGAAAUUGAUGGCUGUGAUGAUAGCAGUCAUGGUGAUGAUGAUGUUGUUGAUGAUGAUGAUAGAAUGAGUUUCUGUGAGGUGGGAUUUAUUUGGCAAGCUGUUGAUGGAGAUGAAAGCUGGUGUUUGGUGGAAGAAAUUUGA